AUGGAGGAGCAGCAGCAGCAGCCCCUGCCCCUGUCCAUCAACCCCGAGGCCUUCCCGGCCAAGCUGUGGCGGCUGGUGAACAGCCCCCGCGUCCGCUCCGUGCGCUGGGACGGCCGCGGGCAGGGGCUGCUCAUCGACGAGCAGCAGUUCGUGUCCGAGGUGCUGGACGCGGCGCCGAGCGGCGGCGAGGCGGCGGCAGGAGACGGCGGCUUCUUCAAGACCAAGAGCUUCCCCAGCUUCAUCCGACAGCUCAACCUCUACGGCUUCCAGAAGGUGUCGAAGGGGCUGGUGCUGGCGCCCAGGCCGGUCUCCGGCGGCGGCGGGGGCAGAGCCACCAGCUUCCUGCACCACUUCCACAGCCCCCACUUCUGCCGCGGCCGCCCCGACCUCCUGGUGCACCUGAAGCGCAUGACCAGCGCCAACAAGAUGAGGCUGGCAGCUGGCCUGGAGCUGCCCAGCCGCCCCGCCAGCCACCUCCAGCAGCUGCCCGGCAAGAUGCUGCGCCGCGACCCGCUGCUGCUGCUGCUGCCGUCCUCCUCAGCCGCUGCCAAGGCCAACAGUCACGGACUGCUGACCGUGGGAGAUUCUCCUCAGCCUUAUCUCGACAGUUUCUUUGCCUACCCCUACAUAGCCUCCUCUCCCCAGAGCCACGGUGCCUCGCCCACCACAAGCUUCAGCCAGCCUCCAGUGCCUUCCAUGGCAUGGCAGAAUCCUCUGGAGUCGCUCCCAAGGCAAGGGGCUGCCCCAGCUCUGCCACACAAAGGGGCUGCCUUCCCAACGCUGCGGAGCUCCCCGCCGGAGGUGACCUACUCGCUGCGCACCGUCUGCUCCGUCCUGCCCAUCCACCAAUGGGCUCAGAGCACCAGCACUGCCCUGCCAAAACACAGCAGCUCCUCUCCUUCACUGCAGUGCUCACAAGCCUACUAUCCAACAGGUGAGUGCAGCACGCUGGCAGCAGGAGGCUGCGUGAAGGAGCUGCAGGUCUGUGGCUCCCGCAGCGAGGGAGGGAAGCUGGAAAACUGA